AUGGCCGGGAAGGGAGGAAAGGGGCUGAUCGCGGCCAAGACGGCCGCCGCCGGCAAGGACAAGAAGCUCCCCAUCUCCCGAUCCUCGCGCGCUGGCCUGCAGUUUCCGGUUGGCCGUAUCCAUCGCCAGCUGAAACAGAGGGCCCAAUCAAGCGGCCGUGUGGGAGCAACCGCCGCCGUGUACGCGGCAGCGAUCCUGGAGUACCUGACCGCUGAGGUUCUGGAGCUGGCAGGGAACGCGAGCAAGGAUCUCAAGGUGAAGCGCAUCACGCCCCGCCACCUUCAGCUGGCGAUCCGCGGGGACGAGGAGCUGGACACCCUCAUCAAGGGCACCAUUGCUGGAGGCGGCGUCAUCCCCCACAUCCACAAGUCACUCAUCAACAAGUCCGUCAAGGAAUGA